AUGCAAGUUAUCAGCGUUAUCGCGAGACCUGGACGGUCUAUGAGGAGGGCGCUGCGUCCCAUCUCAGUCCCCGUCGGCCUGCAACAAACAAGAACUAAGGCGACGGCGCCUUUCAGAUUACCAGACCCUAGAAAUGAGCCUAACCCCGAAUACAGAAAAGGCUCUCCCGAGAGGGCAAAGUUGGAGGAGGCUCUGAAGAAGCUCAAGUCCCAGCUCCCCGCACGUAGCGACCUGUUCUUCGGCGGCCAGGUCCAAACCGCCGCCAAGUCUCAGAACACCGUCAUCCCCUCCCAACAUGCGAAGACCUUCUCCAACUUCCCCCUCGCGUCCAAACAACAGGUUUCUUCCGCUAUCGAGUCCGCGUUGGAGGCGAAGAAGAGCUGGCAGGAAACACCCUUUGUCGACCGAGCGGCUAUCUUCCUCAGGGCGGCCGAGUUGGCCGUGACUAAAUACCGAUAUGAGCUUAUUGCGGCGACUAUGCUGGGCCAGGGCAAGAACAUGUGGCAGGGAGAGAUUGAUGCGGCGGCCGAGCUGGCAGACUUCUUCAGACUUAACUGCAACUUUGCCGCUGAGAUCCUGGAGAAGCAGCCUGAGCGUGGUUCUGACGGCAUGUGGAGUCGCCUGGAAUGGCGCCCUCUCGAGGGUUUCGUCUACGCCAUCUCACCCUUCAACUUCACCGCCAUUGGUGGUAACUUGAUCUCCGGCCCUGCGCUGAUGGGCAACGUUGUGCUCUGGAAGCCGUCGCCCAGCAACAUCUACGCCAGUCAGAUCGUGUACAACAUCCUCCUCGAGGCCGGUCUCCCCCCGAACGUCAUUCAAUUCGUCCCUGGUGAAGCUGAGGAGGUUACGGACGUCGUCCUCAACCACCGCGACUUCGCUGGCUUGAACUUCGUCGGAUCCUCCGACGUCUUCCGCUCCCUGUACGCCAAGAUUGGUGAGGGUAUUGGAAAGAAGACCUUCCGCGAGUUCCCUCGCGUCGUCGGCGAGACCAGCGGAAAGAACUUCCAUCUCGUCCACCCCACCGCCGACAUCGACAGCGCCGCGCUGCACACUCUUCGCGGCGCCUUCGAGUACCAGGGCCAGAAGUGCUCCGCCACUUCCCGCGUCUACCUCCCGGAGUCGAGGGCUGAGGAGUUCCUGUCCAAGCUGGUCGAGAACGUCAAGAAGAUCACCAUCGGCAGCCCCGACGGUGAUCUGAACGCCUUCAUGGGACCCGUCAUCCACGAGCGCUCCUUCGAGAAGAUCAAGGGCAUCAUCGACGCCAGCAACAAGGACCCGUCGCUGAAGCUGCUCGUCGGCGGAACCUACGACGGCUCCAACGGAUACUACGUCAACCCGACCGUCUACCUCGCCGACUCUCCCGACCACCGUCUGUUCAACGAGGAGAUUUUCGGCCCCGUCCUGGCCGUCAGCACCUACCCCGACGCCGAGUGGUCGUCCACCCUCAAGAAGGUCGACCAGGGAGGCGGCGGCUUCGCCCUGACCGGAGCCGUCUUCGCCAGCGACCGUCGCGCCAUCCGCGAGGCGGAGGACGCCCUGCGCUACUCCGCAGGCAACUUCUACAUCAACUGCAAGACCACGGCCGCCCUGAUCGGCCAGCAAUCAUUCGGCGGUGCCCGUGCCAGCGGUACCAACGACAAGGCCGGCAGCGCUGACGUCAUGAGACGGUUCACGAGCCCAAGGUUGAUCAAGGAGGAGUUCUUCCCCUUGACCGACUUCGAAUACCCCAGCAACAAGGCGUAA